GACCAUGUCGGAACCAACAAAGGAACGAUACUUGGAGAGUUGAGCGUGCAUGCUGUCUUUCUCUCGGCUUGGUAAUUCCCGCAAUUGCACGUGUUGACGGUAAAUAGCAAUCUAGCAAACUCUCGCCGCAAGGCAUAUGCUAAGCGAAUGCUCGUGAACCUUACAAACCGCGCAAUGGCGCUGCUACUGGCUGGAAUGCUCCUGAUGAGCAAUGGCGACAUUCCCGGAUGCUCCAGUGUUACCGCGUUGGCUUUGUCGCAGUCAUCCGUCUCCGCGGUACAUCGCCGUAACGUGGUGGUCGUCGGAGGCGGUCCCGUCGGACUCGCAACCGCACUGACUUUAUCCCGUCCCCCUCAUUCCUGUAACGUCACUGUACUAGAACGGACCGACGGUGACACGUCCGUGGCCACCUACAAUCCGGCACGGUCCUACUUGUACAACAUCAAUCCCCGAGGGUUACGCUGGGUCGAUUCCGUACCCGAGGUGGCCACAAAAUUGGACGACCGCGGUGUGGUUGUGCGGGGAGGAUUCGGUCGGUUCUGCAUCGUGCCUGCCGAUCCCUCCGUUGCUAUUCCGGAACCCACAGGCGUGACCGUUGCCGGCUCCCCACCCAAGUCCCAGAAGCGCAACACCAGGGCCACGCCAUCAAUAAGCAAGUCAGUUUGGAUACCUCGCCACCAAAUGGUGGAGCUCCUCCAAGAAUGCUGUGAGGAACAACUAUACAAUGAUUCCAAAGGAGUCGGUUCUAUUCAAGUGUGCAUGGGCAAAGAGGUUGCGUCUAUGGUGGACACCGCGGAGACUGCACUACCGGAAUCCCAAAAAGGACCGUCCAUUACGGUGCAUUGUCGGGACGGAAGUAUGUAUGGAGCCGAUCUCGUCGUGGCGGCGGACGGCAUUGACAGCGCGGUACGUGCCCAAUUGCGCGACCCGGCCCAGUCCGAGUCCUGGCUCGCAUCCAAGGCCCGUUCCUUUGUCGUCCGGCGCUACCGCUCGCCCGCCACGGGUCUAAAACUCAAAGCCUUGCAACUUCCGCCCAAUUUUACCAUGAUCGAUCACGACGGGACCUUGGUGACGACACAGGCACAGAACUUGUACAGUAUUCGCGGUACCAACCAAGGGACCCGCGACUUUGCCUCGCUCGGACUACUCCCCAUGAAAGAUCCCGAUAUGGUGCGGCCGGCCAACAUUAUUACUCGGCCCGAUCACGAACUCUGGAAGCUGGCCGAUGGUUCGGCGGUCAAGGCGUGGUUCCAAUCGAACUGGCCGCGUUUGAAUUGGGACGAAAUGGUGGACGACAAGGAAUGGGAGCGAUUCGUUCAAGCCAAAACGACGACCUUUCCGUAUUGCCAAUACGUGCCGGGAUCGGUCGUUGUCGCUCCCAACGAAUCCGCGGGUGUCGUCCUGGUUGGGGAUGCCUGUCACGCGUUUCCACCCGAUAUUGGUCAAGGAAUUAACGCGGGUUUACAGGAUGUCGUCGCCUUGGACCUCGCCUUGCAAGAUCGGGAAAUCGAUUUGUGUCAAGAUAGCGUACCCCCGUCUUGGUCACCGUCGGCAUCCGCUCCGACGCUGGGACAAGGUCUUUUGCGCUACCAACGCAAUCGUCGAGCGGAACACGGUGCGUUGAUUCGACUGGCUCGAUUCGGAUCGCCCUACCAGUAUCGACAGCCUUGGAUUCGCGAUCGGAUUGGACGUGUUUGUUGGAGUGCGAACGUGGCCUUUCGUUUGCUCCUGAAUAAGGCUACUUUUGGUUGGGUACCCCCGGCAGCCAUUCUGCUGGCACAAAAUGUCAAUCUAUCGUACCGGCAGGUAAUGCGGAGAGCGGAUACCACCGCUCGUGUAUUGCAAUCGACCGUGCUUGCCGCGGUGGCUUGGCUGCUGGUUCGAAAAUUCUCGUUGCUGUAG